AUGGGUUUCAAAGUCCUCAUCGUCGGCGCUGGCCCAACAGGCCUCCUCGCUGCCCUAUCCCUUCAGCGAGCUGGAAUUGAAUACAAGAUUCUUGAGCGCCGAAAAGAAGCCGAUCUCAAUUGGGGCGCCUCCGUUUGUAUCUGGCCUCACAGCUCUCGCAUCUUGGAUCAGCUCGGUCUUCUCAAGGAUGCCUAUGACCGUCAUCUACCUAUGGCCAAGAAGUGCAAUCUCCGACGUGAUGGUUCUGUAAUGAGUUGGAGUGACAUGAUUAAGAAUAUUGGUGAAUACCAUGGCCAUGAAUGGAUGCUCUUCCAGCGUGGCGACCUAGUCAACCUACUCAAGGAUAACCUCUCCGAUAUAACGAACCAACUUUUGCUCGACAAGCAAGUCACAUCCAUAUCAUCCAAGCCCAUGGGGGUCGAAGUCAUUUGCUCAGACGGUAGCACAUACGAUGCAGACAUCCUCAUCGGCGCAGACGGCAUCAACAGUAUCACCAGGGACUUUGUCAACGAAGAGACCAAAGAAAGCGAGACCAAGAACGAAGACUUUAAGACUACAUUCUACGGCUUCUAUGGCCAUGGUGAAGAGCUCUCGACAGAUCUCAUCGAGGGAACAGACUACGAGUGCCACUCGGAAGGAUUCAGCACCCAGCUUAUCAUGCCCUCGCACAAAAAAUACUUUUUUACAAUUUAUCUCAAGCUCGACAAGCCGACCACGGGAAGACACUGGAUCACCAAUGAGCAGGCUGAUGAACUGGCCAAGAAGUACGAGAAUGUUUACAUGGCACCUGGCGUCACAUUCAAGCAGGUCUGGGAGUCUAAGAAGUGGUUCUACACUGCUCCAUUCGAAGAAGGUGUUGCAAAGACCUGGUCUAGAGACCGCGUUGUUCUUCUCGGUGACGCAGUGCACAAGAUGACACCCAACAUCGGGUUCGGUCUUAACACAGGAUGGCAGUCUACUGUUGUGCUAAUCAACCUCCUCCGCAAACUUCACCUCGAAAACCAAAACCCCGAUGUCAAGGACCUAACAAAAGCCUUUGAUGAGUACCAGAACAUUCGUCUUGCCCACGUCACCAACGAUGUCAAGCUGGCUGGCACGUCGACACGAGCUGUCAUGUGGGACAACAUCUUCUGGAAGUUGCUGGACCAGUAUCUUUUGCCGUACAUCAACGGUGAUACCAUUCUGGCCAAGCACAUGUGUUGUCCGACAAUUCUAAAGGCCUUUACGCUGAGUUGGUUGCCCGAGCCGAGCUUUAAAGAAGGGGAGUUGAAGUGGCAUAAUAGACCGGUUAUUAUUCAGGAGUGA